UUCAAUAGUGAGCUUGCUGGAGCUUGCGCAAUUGAGCCAUUUAUGAUUCUCGACUGAAUAUCUAAAAGAAGCAUCCAAACAGCCAGCUUGCGCAGCGUUAACCACUGUGCGUUCGUUCCGCCCGUAAUUUCACUAAAAAUAUGCAAAAGUAUGAGAAGCUCGAGAAAAUAGGAGAAGGCACCUAUGGCACUGUUUUUAAAGCGAAAAAUCGUGAAACACAUGAGAUUGUUGCGCUGAAGAGGGUUCGUUUGGAUGAAGACGACGAGGGUGUUCCAUCAUCUGCACUUAGAGAAAUUUGCUUGCUCAAGGAGUUAAAGCAUAAAAAUAUUGUUAGACUAUACGAUGUGCUUCAUAGCGAUAAGAAACUCACUCUAGUAUUUGAACACUGUGAUCAGGACCUUAAAAAAUAUUUCGACAGUCUCAAUGGAGAGAUUGACUUGGAUGUUGUUAAAUCGUUCCUGUAUCAAUUAUUGCGAGGACUGGCCUUUUGCCAUAGUAGGAAUGUUCUACACAGAGAUCUCAAGCCCCAGAACUUACUCAUCAACAAGAACGGAGAGCUGAAACUUGCUGAUUUUGGGUUAGCAAGAGCUUUUGGAAUUCCAGUUAAAUGUUAUUCAGCCGAAGUAGUAACAUUAUGGUACCGUCCUCCAGAUGUCCUUUUUGGUGCCAAGCUCUACACAACAUCCAUAGACAUGUGGAGCGCAGGGUGCAUAUUUGCUGAAUUAGCUAACGCAGGUAGACCACUUUUUCCUGGAUCUGAUGUAGAUGAUCAGUUGAAAAGAAUUUUUAAGAUGCUAGGCACGCCGACGGAAGAGACAUGGCCAGAUUUGACUACCUUACCUGAUUAUAAACCCUUUCCUCAGUACCAUCCUACUCAAGGAUUAGCACAAGUCACACCAAAAUUAACUUCCAGAGGAAAAGAUUUACUUCAGAGAUUAUUGGUCUGUAAUCCAGCAUUGAGAUUAUCGGCAGACGAAGCUAUGGCACACUCGUAUUUCAAUGAUUUGAACCCAGCCAUAAAAAAUGAUCGUUGUCAAUAACGUGUCCCCGUGGAUUGAAAUGCACGUAGCGGGCAUACGCCGCAAAGCGACCAAACACACAAGUGAAGAUUAUUUACUGUACAAUGCACAUUGUGCUUCGAUCGUAUUGUGAAAUAUUAUGAAGUCCUGUUUUAUAUACGAUAAAGUCCAAGACGAGAAUUAAUAAAAUUGUCAAUUUUAUCACUA